AUGUUUGAUGCAACUAGUAAACAUAGAAAAAGAGAUAAAAUAUUCCGUAAGAGAAAAGAAGUAAGCAAUCAAAAAUUAUCUAUCGGUAUUAUUUUUGGUGUUUGUCUAACGUUAAUCACUAUUGUACUUCAAUGUGUUGCAUUUUCUACGCCACAUUGGAAAGAAAUAACUUCAAAUACUCAUUCGUUGUAUGUCGAUGGCGUUGAUGCACUCAUACGUACUGAAAUCUUACAUUAUUUCAAUAGUGUACAUCGCUAUAGUCGUCUUUCGUAUGGUUUAUUUCAACGAUGUGAAUACCGUUCAAGUAACUCAUCACUAUACAAUAAUCAAGUUGAUUCAUCUGAUUUGGAUACAUAUAAAUCACUAAAAAAAUGCACAAAAAAUUUUCUACCAAGAUAUAAGGAUGAUCAUUUUAAUGAAUGUCAUAGUUUAUCAUAUUAUCAAUUUUGUACGAAAGCAAGUGAAAAAAGUUUUAAUAUCAAUGAUCAUUAUCUUCAUGCAACCUUUGAUAUAUCUCAUUCGCCAAUAAACGGCGAUGCAAAAGUUUCCUGUGAUUGCCAUUAUCCGCUUUAUUUGUUAAUUUGUCAAAUAAUUGGAAUACUAGCAAUAAUAUUUCUGUGUGUAACUUGUUUAUUAUUCAGUUUAUUUUCCUGUUUUACUAAUCUACAUUAUCGUCUUAAAAUUAAAUAUUUUGGUAUGUUAUCAUCAUUAUUAGCAAUCAUUUUUUUAAUGAUCAAUUUAAUACUUGUAUUCGAACAUUUUGAAUAUGAAUCAAUUGCAUAUUUAGUUGCCAUUGAAAAACAUUAUAAAUCAAAUCAAAUUUAUAAAUUAUCAGAUGACGCAAAAACUGCCCUUCAUCGAUUUCUAUCCAGUAUUAAUAUUCGCAUGGGUUAUUCAGCUAUCAUAGCUUGGAUUGCUUUUGUUUUAUCUAUCAUUGAUGGGCUAUUAUUAUUAGCUACAUGUGAAAUCAAACAUGAUUAUAGUGAAAACGAAAUACAUAGUAGUCUAAUAUCUCCUGAAACUGAUUUACAUCAUAAUCCAUUACAAUUUACAUCAGUAUCAAAUAACUCUCAAUCAUCACCACCACCGAUGCAUGUGAUAAAUAAUCACGAAGAAAAUAGUUUAUUAACUUCAAGCUUGUAUGAAAAUAAUCAUCAACCAUUACGUACUCUAAAAGAAGAUGAAGUUUAA